AUGGCGAUUGCGGCACUCUCGCGAAUGAUGGCAACUAGCUCGCCGGUACGUUCUAGCAAACGCAGGUUACUGGGAGAAGUGGCAGUUUCGAUCCUCAGGUACGGCAACCCGGUAAGGGCGUCGGCACUCUGGAUGGAACGCAACGCAAAAUUGCUGGAGAGCACUCACAGAUUGAUGUGUCUUCGCGUGAUCAGUGCAUACCGUACGGUAUCUGGAGACGCAGCCAGCGUGGUGGCGUGCAUGAUGCCUAUUGGGCUGCUCAUCAUGGAGGACGCUGGUGGCAAAAGAAAUGGGACAGCACACCCAAGGGCAGGAUGGAUCGACAGACCCCAUGGCGAAGUAAAUUUUGGCUUGACGCAGUUCCUCACAGGUCACGGUUGUUUUAGGUGGCAGGUCGGCCACACGGCAUCUCCUGUUUGCCCUGGCUGCCCAAAUGAGCUUGAGACGGCAGAACACGUCCUGUUUGCUGUCCCCGUUUUGCGACACAAAGGGAUGGUCUACUGGAUGUAG